UGUGUGUGGCUGAUCCUGGCUGAGCGCUGCUCGUCCUGCGGGCGGAGUUUGUCUUCACACCGAGACAAAGACAAAGUGAUGGACGGGUGAAGCCGUACUGUACGGGAUUGUGGAUGUUUUCGACACUGAGCUGCAAAACCAUCGGAUCUUGACCAGACAAGAGGACCACCUGCUGUUCCCAGUUGUUGUUUUUUUUUUUUUACAUCUCUGGCAUCAGCAGGACACUUUUUUUUUCCCCAUUAGCAGAAGACAUUGGCCGCCUGGAUGAGCUGUUUUUUUUUUUCUUCCUCAGUGGAACAGCUUCAUUUCUCAUCAUUAAUGUUCCUGACGUUAAACUCCAUUUCCCAAUAAAACUCCUGUAAAAUGCCCAAGUGGGCAAAGUCAAGAUGGCUGCUUAUAUUUUUAUUAAUUCUCCAUUCAGUGUGAGGAGAAGCUCAGUUUUUUAAUUGUCUCCAUGAAGUCUCUUUUGUGACAAAAGAUAAGGGCCAUUUUGGGCCAGGAGGCAGACGCAGCCUCCACAUCCAACCCUUUGAUUUAACCCAUUACCAAGAAGAAGACAACAAAACAACUCCAUCAGUUUUCAAGAUGGGACUCUUCUUCAACCCCUUUGAUAACCUGCUGUGUAUCCUGCUGGGUAUCUCCUUCACGGUGUGGUUCACCCUGCUGCUGGUUUUCAUCAUUGUGCCAGCCAUUUUUGGAGUGUCGUUUGGGAUUCGUCGUCUUUAUAUGAAAACCUUGUUAAAGAUCUUUGAGUGGGCAACACUUAGAAUAGAAAGAGGAGCAAAAGAAAAGAACCACCUCCUGUACAAACCAUACUCGAAUGCUAUCAUUGCUAAGGAGCCCACUUCUUUGGAGGAGGAGAUUAAGGAGAUCCGGCGGAGUGGUAGCAACAAAGACUUGGACUCAGCCCCUGAGUUUGAGAUGUCUGACAUCUUCUAUUUUGCACGACGAGGGGUGGAGAGCAUCAUGGAUGAUGAGGUGACCAAGCGGUUUUCUGCUGAGGAGUUGGAGUCCUGGAACCUCCUGACCCGCAGCAACUAUAACUUCCACUAUAUCAGCCUGAGGCUGACUGUCCUAUGGGGGCUGGGCCUCCUGAUCCGCUAUGGCUUCCUGCUGCCGCUAAGGGUAACUCUUGCUUUCACUGGUGUAGGCCUCCUCGUGUUUCUCACUUCUGUAAUUGGACUGCUGCCAAAUGGACGGAUAAAAAAUUUCCUGAGCCAGAAAGUACAUUUAAUGUGCUACAGAAUAUGUGUCCGAGCCCUGACUGCCAUCAUAACCUAUCAUGACAGGGAAAAUAAACCCAAGAAUGGAGGCAUCUGUGUCGCAAACCACACCUCCCCAAUUGAUGUUAUCAUCCUGGCCAGUGAUGGGUGCUAUGCCAUGGUUGGACAAAUUCAUGGUGGCUUGAUGGGGGUCAUUCAGCGAUCCAUGGUCAAAGCUUGCCCACACAUUUGGUUUGAACGUUCAGAAGUUAAAGACAGACAUCUAGUGGCCAAAAGACUGAAUGACCAUGUAGAUGAUAAAACGAAACUGCCUAUUCUCAUUUUCCCAGAAGGUACCUGUAUAAAUAACACGUCUGUAAUGAUGUUUAAGAAGGGCAGCUUUGAAAUUGGUACCACAGUCUACCCUGUGGCCAUCAAGUAUGAUCCCCGAUUUGGAGAUGCAUUCUGGAAUAGCAGCAAAUUUGGGAUGGUCAACUACCUUUUACGAAUGAUGAGCAGCUGGGCCAUCGUCUGCAGCGUGUGGUACCUUCCUCCUAUGUCUAGAGAGGAGGGAGAGGAUGCCGUACAGUUUGCCAAUCGUGUCAAAGCAGCCAUAGCCAGGCAAGGUGGACUGGUUGACCUCUUGUGGGAUGGAGGACUAAAGAGAGGAAAGGUAAAAGAUACCUUUAAAGAAGAGCAGCAGAAGCUAUACAGUAAAAUGUUGGUGGGAACCCAAGAGGACCGCAGCCGCUCCUGAAGGGCCUUCAUGGAAGUGGACUGGCUCAGACUCAAAACUAACCAUCUCUGACUAAAUGGACGGUCAGCAGUGGUCCCUCCCUGUUGGAGUAGCUGGACAGGAAAAUUCUCUUACUGAGGUCAACAGUUCUCCACUCCACCUCGGUCACAGCUUCAGCCUGGCUUAUGUUGCAUCGCUGUUAUGGGGUCUGUGGCCCUCGUUGGAAUAGUUUGACUGAAGCCUUGCUUGCAUUCGAAGUAGAAAGACGGUGUGUUCACAGAAAGUCUUGCUUGGUGGCAGUUUUUUGAGGGAGAACUUGUAUGAUCACCCGUCAAUGAAUUCCUGUCUUUGUUUGAUAGUUGCAUCUUUGAUUUUAAAGACCUUGCUCAAUGUUUGUCACACUGUGUUUAAGUUACAGAUUGGAUCACACCUGAAAUGUAGAAGUUAUUGUAGAUUAAAAAAAAAAUAAUCUAGUUAUUUCUAAAUUCAAAACCUGUGAGGACUGAGUUGGGGCUUUUCAUAACGGAUUAGUACAUAAUAUAAAGAGCAAAAUGCCAUUCUUGCAUUUUACAGAUAUAUACAUUUCAGAUAUUUUUAUGGUGUUUUUCCAGGAAAAAGAAAAUUUUACAAUCUUUGGAGAUUUGUGUUUUACAUUAAUACUUGUAUCAACAAGUUGUCAUUUAAGGAGUUGCGUUACAGACAAGUUCUUGGUAUGGUGUUUCAUUUCUGUGUUUCCAUGGAAUGUGUAAACCUUCACAUAAUGAAAUGGAAAUUGCAUCAAAACUUACUUGAAUGGAGGUGUAUCUAUAAAGUAGACACUCCUCUUCAAUAAUAAUGCAGCAUAACUGGAAUAAAGGUGAUUUCAGUUCCUUCAUACUGCUUAAAACCUCCCAAUGAAAUGCUUUAUCUUAAGGCUCAUGGCACACUGGUAGCAUCAUGGGAUAAUGACCAUCUGAUCUGGUCUUCUUACUGAAACCUGAUUAUAAAUGGCGACCAUUUGACACUUAUUCUUACUAAUACACUUACAGAUGUGUGUAUUGGCUUCCUGCUUGUGCAAUUACUGUCCUGUCUUGUUUAUUUAAAGUGAACUCUAAACCCCAAGGUUUUUCUUUACCUCUCAUUAGACAUUUCUCCUACUUGGCAGCCUCAAGGAGGUGUCAAGGACAUACUGCAGCUGUUUGAAUUUUGCUUUAGGUAUGACCUGAAGCGACUUGGUGGCCAGCGCAACAGGGUUCUAUGAAACCCUCAUCUCAGUUGUUUGAUGUUAUCAGGGAUAGUCGUUUAGAUUGUGACAAAUCAGUUCAUAAAAAUAAAUGUUCAAGAAUGACACUA